AUGAACAGAAUUCUUCUGUUCUUCCGCGUCCUUUUCUCAUUGAGACAAAGGUAAGUUUGGGAGCUUUACAGAACAUUCUUCAAAUAAGUUUCCUUCAUGAAUUCAAUGUUCAGAAAGACCGGCGUUCUUGAAAAGGACCCAAAACCUGUUUUUUGCGAAACGGGAAAGGAUUCGGCUCCUGCGGAUAAACCAAAAGACUUUCUACGGAAGGCGAAGGCCACUCAGAAGCAGAAUUCUGACUACGUCCCCUUCGACUAUGAUGGAAAACACCCCCGCAUGCUGGAUCCCUCAUCAGAAGUAGCCAAAGGCGCAAGCAGAUAUGACAAUUCGGGAACUCGUAAGUGGAAAAUAGCCCAUAUAAUCUUUCACUAGGUUUAUCAUUUCAGUCACCGUCCGCCAGCUGCACAGCCAGACACCGUUCUUUCUGUUCGGCAAGAGCAAAAAGGAAGGAGUCAGGAUCUUGGGAUGCAUCAAACGAGCUCCGGGCACAUUCCUCGUUGGGUAUUCGGGCGGAGAGCACUUCCUCGCUUUCGUAGGCAAGGAUUCGUUGAUUUAUGUGGUCAGAAUCCAACGACGUGGAACUGACGGAAACGGCCUUGUCUUUGUUUUGGACAAUCCAAACAAGCAAUUCGAGUGAGCUCGGAAUAGUUAGUAUUUCACUCAUAAUGUUUUUUUCAGAAACCUGAUACAACUCACUGCCUAUUACAAAACCAAGAAAUGCCGUCUGCUCGGGAUGAAACUGACCAACGGAAUCCCACCACUCAACACCCGUCAUUAUUGA